AGUCAGCAGGAGAUAUCAGAAUACAAGACUGCACUUCAGAAAUUAGAAGGGCAGUCCAGAAUGGCCUUUGAGGAUCUGAAGCAAAAGGAUCAAGAGUUAAAGAUGGCUCAAGCCAGAAGAGAGGAGGUGGAGCUAGAGAGGGAGAAGCUGCUGACACAGAUUGAGGUUCUAGAGGGAAGACAACUCUACAAGGUUUCUCGAUAUGAGAAAAACAUGGAGGAUGCCAAGAACAUCAACAGGGAGAUAACUGGGACACUGGAAGCUGUGAUGACAUCACACAACCAGCUGCAGCAUGUGGUUGAGAGUCUUCAGGUGGAGCUGGGAAAACGUGACAGUCUGAUUGGUCAGUUAAAAAUCUCCAGAAAGAAAGAGCAGGAAGAAACAAAGCGCGAGAUAAAAAAUUAUGAAGAUAAGAUGGAACAUUUACGAGAAGAACUAAAGAAGGAACGACAGAAAGCUGGGAAGAAAACAGCCAAGGAAAUUUCAGAGGUUUGCAGACAGAAUGAAAAUUUGUCAUCCCGAAACCAAGACCUGGUGAAAGCAAAUUCAGAACUUCGUCAGAAAAUGGCAGAAGCAGAAAAAGAAAAGAAUGAAUUGAAAAGAAAGAUGUCUGGUCAAAGGCACAAACUACAAUAUCUACACACCACCAAAAAACAGUUGGAGGAAAACCUUAGCAAGAUGAAGGCUGUUCAUGAAGAUAUUGAAGAGCUAGACAAAAUGAGGGAAGAAUAUGUGCAGAAAAACAAAGAGCAGGGUGACACCAUUGGGAAGUUCAUCCAUCAGGUUGCCUCAUUACAAGAAGAGGUGAAGGAGCUGGUGAUGGCACACUCUAAAACACAGCUCCUGCUGAGACUGAAAGACCAAGCGCUGGAAAAAGAAAGAAGGAUCCUGGAUGAAAUGCAAGAGAAAUAUAUGAAGUGUAAGAAACGAGAGGAGGAAUUAUGUAAGAAGUCCCAAAGUUCUGAGGAAAGGUUACAGGAAGCUCAUUCCGAAUCACUAGAAAUCUCUAGACAUUUAGAAGAAGCCCACGACUGGUUCAAGGGAAAGUUUGACAAACUGCAGUGUGACUUAACAACCUCAAGACAGAUGCAAGCCAAGCUGGCCACAGACAAUGUCAGUCAGAGGAAAUCUCUGCAAGUGGAGAAAUCCAGGGCUCAUAAUGCUGCUGAAAGGGCCAAGGAGAUGAUACAGACAAGCAAACAGACAAUUAACCAACUAGCAGACUAUGCAAAAAUGGCAGACAUUGAACCGAGACAACCUUCACCUGAUCAAAAAGGAUGUGUGCUGCAAGCAAGUGUUAGGAAUUCCAAGUUAACUGUGAAGGAUCUAGAAACAUAG